GAUUCUGUGCAGAAAGACCUGAUAGUUAUGACACGUAGGCCUGAACAUAAUUAAAUGUUCUAGAUUUUGAAAACUCCAAGAUAUUGUCCAGUGUCUCUCACAACUUCCAAAUGAUGGGACUGUCGCCUGAUGUGAAAAUCAAGAAACCAAAGAAAACUACUAAGAAGGGAUAGAUUGAAUGUCUCAGUGCAAAAGGGCCAAAAGUAUGCAAGAACAGCAAGCAUGCAAGAAAGAUUAAGCAAAGCUGGGAGGCAUAAAAUGAAUUGAAGAAGUAAUCCAGACCAGAGACAAAUAGAUUUGUGCCCCAAGGGAUUGACGAAAGGGGAAGAAGAUUACCCACCCACCCCCCUUCUUCUCUCUGUCUCGAAUGAAAUAGGGCACUAGUCGGAAAUGGGUCCCACUUGUCAUGGAAUAGUCCAAUUUGGUCAUAUCGGAGGUACCAACGUCUUGACCAAAAACCCAUCUUCCUUAUAGAGAGAAUAAAUACUGAAUAGGCGCUUAAUCGAGUACAAAAAUCACCCUUUAGUUCUGGCUCUAUUUCAUCUGAAACUUUACCCAAAAAGUCUCUUUCUUUCUCCAUAGGGUUACCAAAUCUAAUUUAAUCAUAUUUCAAUUGCUAUUAAACCAAAAAGAAGACACCGUUUCUUUUUCUCCUCGUUAAUUUUUGGAGACUGUACAUGGAUCGUCUCCGCCCUAGGCAGAGAUUGCAAUUCUCUGGCUUUGCAGAGGCUGAGAUUCAGAAGAUGGAGAAAUUGAUAGAGGAAUCAAAGCAGUCAAUGGACAAGGAAUUUUUUCAAAAAAUUGCAAGAAGUUUUAAUUACUCUUCUGGCCGUGCUGGGAAACCUAUUGUUAAAUGGACUGAGGUUCAAAGUUGGUUCCAAAAUAGGCAAAUCAAUUACGCAUCCAAGGUGGCUUCUUCAACUGAUGCAUCAAAAGAUGACCAUUCUUGCCCAAAAAGUAGCCCUUCAAAUGAUGCAAAAGAAAGUUCUCAAAUGCCUAAAGCAGGAGAGAAAGUGCCUGAUUUAUCUGAGUUGGAAUUUGAAGCCAGGUCAUCAAAAGAUGGAGCAUGGUACGAUGUUGAUAUGUUCCUCUGUCACAGAUUUCUUCCAUCCGGUGAAGCUGAAGUUCGGGUUAGAUUUGUUGGAUUUGGUGCUGAGGAGGAUGAAUGGGUCAAUGUAAAAAAUGCUGUGCGAGAACGCUCUGUCCCGCUUGAGCAUUCAGAAUGCCACAAGGUGCAAGUGGGAGAUACUGUAUGCUGCUUUCAGGAAAGAAGAGACCAGGCUAUAUAUUACGAUGCUCAUGUUAUAGAUAUUCAAAGGCGGAUGCACGACAUAAGAGGCUGUAGGUGUCUCUUUUUGAUUAGAUAUGAUCAUGACAAUACUGAGGAAAGAGUCCGCUUGAGGAGAUUAUGUUACAGGCCAACAUUAUAGGUCUAUGUUUCAGCUGUGCAAUUUUUCCCUCCAAAGCUCGGCCUAUUUUUUGUUUUUUUUUUUUCCAAAUUAUUAUUAGUUUUAUUCUAGGUUGGAUUGGGACAUGGAUUUGCAUUGUGACGAGGCUUUUGAAGGCUAUAGGCAUAGUAGCUGAGGUUAAUUUACUCGCUCUGUUCAACCUGUGCCAAUGUUCACUGUUGAUAUGUUGACUCACACUCGCUGGUCGAGUUUUGAAAAUGCCAUUUCUGUUAUUAUUGUUUGAAAA